CCCUUUCAUUCCAGCUUUUUAUGUAAAACACAUUCUAAUGACCAGCUGUAUGCAGCAGUAGUAAGAGCAUGCGCAGUACGUGAAAAGAGGACGGUGAAGAUUCAAAGUUUUUGUUCAGAGUUUUCUUUCCUUGACUUGCACCGACCAACAAAUUCAGGAUGUUUGGCUUUCACAAGUCAAAAAUCUACCGGAGUAAUGACGGCUGUUGCAUCUGUAAGACCAAGUCCUCUAGUUCACGCUUCACGGACAGCAGCAGAUAUGAAGAGACCUUCAGGAUGUGCUUUGGACUCUCAGAAGAUCGUGUUGGAGACAUUUGUAAUGCUUGCGUUCUGCUGGUGAAGAGAUGGAAGAAGCUGCCUCAUGGCUCCAAGAAGAACUGGAAUCAUGUGGUUGAUGCUAGAGCUGGCCCAGGUUUUAAGGUGACAAAACCCAAGAAGAUCAAGAACAGUGAUGGGAAGAAGAAGAGCAAACUAAAGAAGCUUCACAAGUUUAAGAGGCAAACAGACUCAGAUGCUCACAGCACGACGUCCAGCAUGUCUCCUGCCCAGUCUCCCAGUUACAGCAACCAGUCGGAUGACGGUUCUGACAUCGAGUCCAAACAAAGACGCUCAUCUCCUUCCAUCUUCUCCUUCCUGGAUCGUACUUACUGGAAGAGGCAAAAGGUGUGCUGUGGAAUUAUCUACAAAGGUCGGUUUGGAGAAGUGAUCAUCGAUCCCCGACUUUUCAAGCCUUGCUGCAGCUCAAAAAAACAGAAGACACUGACGCCCACGCAGGUGCCCACACUCCAACCACAGCUCCCAGAAGAUUUGAAAGAAACCUGGUGAAUGGUUUUUGUCAAUCUCCCUUUUUCCUUUAUGGGGCUAUCCAUGGCAUCCACCUGGAUUUGUCUCCAGUGGCAGACCUCAUUUUCAUUCCCCGUUAGAUCAGUUAAUGUUCGUCCUCGUAAUAAUCAUUUUUAUAUGGGUAUUUUUUUAUCUUUUGUAUAGAGUUGAGCUCUUUGUUUUAAAAAAAAAGAAAAAAAAACUUUGGGCAUUAGUGUUAUUUAUAGGAUAAGGAUUAAAUUUGGUUGACUUACAUUUUUGGUCCUAGAUUGCGUUUGGUUAUUUUUGUACUGAAUGAUCAAUUUUUGUAAAUAAUUUCUGUUUUUAUUUCAUAUCAGGACUGCUUUAUUUUUUAUAACUUGUAAUACUGUAAUUGUGUGUAUGAAAGACACCAGCUAUUUCCAAUACCAGCGUCGUGUGUUGAAGGGAACCUUCAACAUUUUUGCUGCAAUGUUUUGUCAUCUUAGCUUUAUUCGUUUCUUCUAGUGCACAACUUGCUUCUGAUAAUACACAAGGAUCAUUAGCAAAUCUGUUCUGUAAAAAAUGUAAUUUCUUUAAAUGUGUACAGAUUAGACACGUUGGACAUGAACAGCUUUAGCCACUAGUUUGAAACACUCAGUUUUAAUUUGCUCAGCAGUUUGUGCACAUUAGACCAUGCUUGCAGUACGUCCCUCUGCCUGUUGGAUUGACGGUUUUUAUUUAUUUCUUUUGUACAGCCUCCAAUGAAAUUACAUUGCAUGUUGUAAAGCAAAUUGUUUUUUCAAUGAAUUUUGUAAAUACAGCAUUUUUGGCUCUU